UCUUAACGCGACGUUUAUUAAGCCGAGGGAUACAGACUAUAAAAAUGGAGACUGAGAAGCAGACUGAACAGCCGACUGUGCAGCCGACUGUACAGCAGAGCGAAAAGAAGACUGUAAAAAAGAAAAAAACGAAAAUCUCCAAAUGGUUUAUAUUCAUCAAGCUCUACCUGACGCUCUACAACUUCUUCCAAUUCCUUGGCUACUCCUACGUCAUCCUCGUCAUUCUGUUCAAAUUCGUGACGCAAGGUCACGUGUUGUAUGAAAAUGUUGGACCGAUCAUAAAAGUGUUGCAGCUCCUACAGUUUUUGGAAGUACUUAACCCUUUGAUUGGACUUACACGGGGAAUUCCUUUCGUACCUUUCCUUCAAAUCUUUGGACGUGCUGUUGUACUAUUCUGGAACGUAGACAUUGAACCCCGAAUCCAAGCCAAACCAGUGGUGAUUUACCUGAUUAUAAUAUGGAGCUUGGUAGAAACUGUCCGAUACCCUUUCUACCUAACGCAAAUAUACGGGAAGGACGUCAACAUGAUCACGUGGCUGCGUUAUACCUUAUGGAUUCCUCUGUACCCCGCUGGUUUCCUCUGCGAAUACCUCAUCAUAUACAGCAAUAUUCCCUACUUUGAAGAGACUAACAAGCUGUCGGUGACUAUGCCCAACGAAUGGAACUUCGCCUUCCAUAUGCCUACGUUCUCCCGGAUCCAUAUUUGCCUGCUGAUGGCUGCCGGCAUGUAUUUGAUGAAGCAUAUGCAUAGGGUGCGAAUGGCAAGGCUCCAGGUCUUGGAAGAGUUAAAGGUGAAAUAGAAAAACCUUCCAAAAAUUCCUGGUGCCGUAGUACCUUGAUCAUCAUCAUUUUGACCGUAGGAUGUCUACUAAACAUAGGCCUCCCCCAAUGGCUUUCUAGUGUCCUGAUAAACAUACUUGAAUAUUUGUUUAUUUAUGAAUGUUGUAGAAUACAUAGAAAUAAGUUACGAUACCAGCUCCUAAUGGGAUUAAAAUCUGUAUCCUCAAUUGGUGUUAUUUCCGGUGCUUGAACCACC